CAAUUGCGCAUGCGCAUUGGGGAAUCCUCGACCGAUACUGUCAAAUGCUGGCCUGUCAAAAUUUAAUGUCAACAAUGUAAAAACACAAAUAUGACGUUUUAAAGAAAUAAAAUGGAUAAAAUAUUUAACUACAAAAGGAAACAAGAAGACGACUAUUAUUACAUAAUUGGAUGCGACGAACUGUCAAAUGAAAGUCAAAUUUUGGCCGAAUAUAAAGCUCGUGUUCUGUCAUGCCAUCCAGACAAACAUCCGAAUGACCCAGAUGCAGCGGAGCAGUUUACUAAACUGCAAAAGGUCAAAGAAGUUUUGACAGAUCCGAAGAAACGAGCUCACUACGAUAAAUGGAGAACAUCGGGAAUUGCCAUGCCCUAUGAUGAUUGGUGUUCACUGAGGGAUUCCGUACAUGUUUCCAUGCACUGGGGAACUGUAAAAACUAAUCCAAUGCUUUCUGAUGCGGAGUCAUCUGUCAGCAGUCAGUCUCAUACAGAGCAUGAACACAUCACAACGGUUAAUGAGUCGGACACGGAUUCGAACAAAGACACUAGUCACAGAGUGGACUCGGUCCAACAGCCAGAAGAAAUUGCACGACCUGCCCAUCAAGUCCACUGCCCCAACUGGGAGAGAGACUGCAGGUCAGGUUUGCUUCAGAAGUUCAGGAAUUACGACAUCUGAAGACAAAACCUGAAGUGUGGCAUUUUUCUGAGAAGUUUUCUAUCUAAAUUAGACUCUUAGAUUAGAGCAUUUUGUGAUAAGGCUUAACUUGACAAAUACUCUGUGUAUACAGGCUGCAAUUUUAGCAGGAUUCCAAGAAUCUCAUAUUUUGGGUCUGAAUCUCACAUCUAUAUUACAUCAUUUUACAAUUCCGGUAAAAAAACAUCCUUUAAAAAACAUCCCAAAAUGCAAUGCCUGGUAUAUAUUUCAUUGUUUCAAUAAUGUAGUAGUUAGACAUCUUAACAAAUAUUUCAUUUUAUCCUGCAACAAUGUUUUCUAUAGGCUGAUUAUGUCCUAAACGUAUAUUAGCAGAUUAUGACUUUUGACGUACACAUUUUAAAAUUGUUCAUACGACUUCUAGGUCAUUGUACAAUGACAAUGUAGUGAACAGGUGUGUGUCCAGAGGUUUGUGAAGGGGGGUGUCUGCAGACACAGUAAGAGGUGUUUGAACAGGCUUAUAUAUAUAUAUAUA